UUAGGAAUGCCUCUGGAGAGCAACAGCACAUGUCUAAUGAGCUGCCAAUCAAGCCUGCUCCCCGAGAAGCCCAGGUUUCUGAGUCAGAAGAUGUGGGUGCCACACCUAGCCAUUGCUUAUCUUAUCUCUGUGACUUUGGCUUUGGCUGUCCCCGGGACCCAGACUCGCUUCAGCCAGGAGCCAGCCGAUCAGACCGUGGUGGCUGGGCAGCGGGCCGUGCUCUCCUGCGUGCUUCUCAACUACUCUGGGAUUGUACAGUGGACCAAGGACGGGCUGGCUCUGGGCAUGGGCCAGGGCCUCAAAGCCUGGCCACGGUACCGGGUCGUGGGCUCUGCGGAUGCUGGGCAAUACAACUUGGAGAUUACAGAUGCCGAGCUCUCUGACGACGCUUCAUAUGAGUGCCAGGCCACAGAGGCCGCCCUGCGCUCCCGACGGGCCAAACUCACCGUGCUCAUUCCUCCAGAGGACACAAGGAUUGAUGGGGGCCCCGUGAUUCUGCUGCAAGCAGGCACCCCCCACAACCUCACAUGCAGAGCCUUUAAUGCCAAGCCUGCUGCCACCAUCCUUUGGUUCCGGGACGGAACACAGCAGGAGGGGGCUGUGGCUAGCACGGAACUGCUGAAGGAUGGGAAAAGAGAGACUACAAUCAGCCAGCUGCUCAUUCACCCCACAGACCUAGACAUUGGUCGUGUCUUCACCUGCCGCAGCAUGAAUGAAGCCAUCCCCAAUGGGAGGGAGACAUCCAUUGAGCUGGAUGUACACCAUCCUCCUACGGUGACUCUGUCCAUUGAGCCUCAGACCGUGCAGGAGGGUGAGCGAGUCAUCUUCACGUGCCAGGCCACAGCCAACCCUGAGAUCUUGGGCUACAGGUGGGCCAAAGGGGGGUUCUUGAUUGAAGACGCCCACGAGAGUCGUUAUGAGACGAACGUUGAUUACUCCUUCUUCACGGAGCCUGUGUCUUGUGAGGUCCACAACAAAGUGGGAAGCACCAACGUCAGCACUUUAGUGAACGUUCACUUUGCCCCCCGGAUUGUAGUUGACCCAAAGCCCACGACCACAGACAUUGGCUCUGAUGUGACCCUCACCUGUGUCUGGGUUGGGAAUCCCCCCCUCACCCUCACCUGGACCAAGAAGGACUCCAACAUGGUCCUGAGUAACAGCAAUCAGCUGUUGCUGAAGUCAGUGACCCAGGCAGACGCUGGCACCUAUACCUGCCGGGCCAUCGUGCCUCGAAUCGGAGUGGCCGAGCGAGAGGUACCGCUGUACGUCAAUGGACCCCCCAUUAUCUCCAGCGAGGCGGUGCAGUUUGCUGUGAGGGGUGAUGGUGGGAAGGUGGAGUGCUUCAUCGGGAGUACCCCACCUCCAGAUCGGAUUGCUUGGGCAUGGAAGGAGAACUUCCUGGAGGUGGGGACCCUGGAGCGGUACACUGUGGAGAGGACUAACUCGGGAAGUGGUGUGCUGUCCACACUCACCAUCAACAACGUCAUGGAGGCCGACUUCCAGACCCACUACAACUGCACUGCUUGGAACAGCUUUGGGCCAGGCACUGCCAUCAUCCAGCUGGAAGAGCGAGAGGUGUUACCUGUGGGCAUCAUUGCUGGGGCCACCAUUGGUGCAGGCAUCCUGGUCAUCUUCUUCUUUGUCGCCUUGGUGUUCUUCCUCUACCGCCGUCGCAAAGGCAGUCGAAAGGAUGUGACCUUGAGGAAGCUGGACAUCAAGGUGGAGACGGUGAAUCGGGAGCCGCUCACAAUGCAUUCUGACCGCGAGGAUGAUACCGCCAGCAUUUCCACAGCAACUCGGGUCAUGAAGGCCAUCUACUCGUCCUUUAAGGAUGAUGUGGAUCUGAAGCAGGACCUGCGCUGUGACACCAUUGAUACGCGGGAAGAGUAUGAGAUGAAGGAUCCCACCAACGGUUAUUACAAUGUGCGUGCCCACGAAGAUCGCCCAUCCUCCAGGGCGGUGCUGUAUGCUGACUACCGUGCCCCUGGCCCUACACGUUUUGAUGGCCGCCCACCAUCUCGCCUCUCCCACUCCAGUGGCUAUGCCCAGCUCAAUACGUACAGCCGGGCCCCUGCCUCUGACUAUGGCACAGAGCCCCCACCCUCUGGCCCUUCCGCUCCAGGUGGCACCGAUACAACCAGCCAGCUAUCCUAUGAGAACUAUGAGAAGUUCAACUCCCACCCUUUCCCCGGGCCAGCCGGGUAUCCUACCUACCGUCUAGGCUACCCCCAGGCCCCACCAUCCGGCUUGGAGAGGACCCCCUAUGAGGCAUAUGACCCUAUUGGCAAGUAUGCCACGGCCACUCGAUUCUCCUACACCUCUCAGCACUCAGACUACGGCCAGCGAUUUCAGCAGCGGAUGCAGACUCAUGUGUAGAGGCUGGAGUCUGGCUGGGGUAUCUCUGCGGGGCAGAGGAGAAGGCUUCCCAGCUCUUCCCUGACAUUCAGGGACGUUGCUCAUUGCUCCUUUCUUGGACCCAGCCUUCUUCCUCCUGCCGUCACAAAUAAGGAGCAGGUCUCCCAGGAACACCCCAUCCCAAGGAUGGCGCUCUGGGCAUGCCCCACUCCUAGGCCUGCUGAGCCCUUCCUCGGGAGGAUGUCUCUACUGACGUCUGUUCAUACCUGACCCAAGCAUGGGCACAGGGCAGUGGAGGCUGGGGUGGGGGGCAGAGGGCAAAGGAGGAAAGAGCACAUAUUACCAUUUCCCUUCUGUCCUGCUCCUCUGAUCUCCCGUAAGUGGGCAUGGAGAUAUGCUGAGGUGGGGAGGCGUUGGCCUAGGCAGCUCUAGUCCAGGCAGCCGGAAUGCGGGACAGCCCACCAGUCCCUCUCUUGAUUUCUUUCAUACCUUGUGUUCAUCUUUCCCAUCUCAGGGGAUUACAGAUGGGACAAUGAGUUCAAAUCCAGCCCUUGGUCAGCUGGGGUCAAAAUGCCAGUCACCGUGGCUAUCUGAGUGCCGAGGAUUCCAGAAAUCCCUGGUAACACUGCUCCCUUUUUUCUCAACUUUGUGCUAGACCAGUCAGAUGUGUCCUGGAUGUGAACAAAGAAUGGUUAGGACCGUGACCUGGUUGACUGGCCAGGGACCACUGUGUACUACAUGGCAGUUCCCAGAGCCAACAGUAGUGGGGACCUCACCAGCUUCCUUCUCUCAUGUUAUUGCCCCACUUCUUGGUAUUAACUCUUGAGCCUUGGAGAAUAGGGUAGGGCAGAGGUGUCACGGAGCUAUAUUUUUCAAAGACAAUAAAAAACUCAUUUGGAAAGCAACGCUCUAGGGGUUUCCCCCACUAUAUACAAGUCCCCGUGGAAAGGAAAGGGACACCUGUCCUCCACCAGGCUCCUAACACCUUGCAUUAUUCUGAGUCUCCAAGCACUUUGAAUCUAUUACAUCCAUCCAAAUGGUGAGACCUGCCUACUGCUGGGUUCUGAUAGAGUUAAGCAGUCCUGAACCUCAGACACUACCAUCCUGCCCUGGGACUCACCCUAGUUACAGCCCCCUUUGCAGGUGACAUGGUAGAUGCUUUAUCCAGACAAAGUUUGGUUUUGUCUCCUCCUUACCCCACCCCCAGGCCAAUCAAAUUUCUUCUUCCAUUUUCAGUGCCUUGAGUGUCAGGUUUGUGAUGCUGUCCCUGUGUGGGGAGCAGGAGCUUGUGAGCGCCAGGUUGUACUAUGUUAGCGUCAAGGACAGACAAAUGAGGGGAUGUGAAGGGAAGGGACCUGGACAUGGCUCCAAAGGGAAAUUCUUUUUGACCUAGACGGAGCCCCCAGUGCAGAAGAACACUUCAGGCAUUGUAUUCCAUGGCCUAUGUUGUCUCUUCCCACACAGCACACACAUAACCACACACAUACAUUCCACUCCACUUCUCAUCUACCACCUUCUGACCAAAGAGAAUCUGUAACUCAUGUUUCAGCCUCACUUUCCCAAGAAACUUCUGCCCAUCUGGAGUCAACUGUCCACCUCCCCACUGAGGCCUACGUGAUGGGAGGGAGUACUCCCAGAGUACCCCUUGCCUUUUCUCAUUGGUCACCAUUAGUCAUGUUUACUUUCAUGACUUACAUGUUCAUCAGCCACGGUCUAUCACUAACCUUAUAGAUGGGCCUGUGGGGUGACAUUCUCAGCCAUCUCCUUUCUGAUAAGGACUGGGUACCGGGAAUCAAGGAGCUCCAUUUCCAGCCUGGCAGACAGCCUUUCCUUCCUCUUGUACUCCGGUCACUGCGUCUGCACAGAGUGGGCCUUUCCUGUAUCAUUGACAGGCUCGUAGCUGGAUUCCAGUUCAGAGGACUCACACUUGCAGAGACCUUUCAUGAGAACUCAGUGAGGCAGUGUGUAUACAUAUAGUGUAGGUUCUUGUGAAUAUGAAUUCAUGCAAGUUUUUCAUUUUCAUUGACACCUGAAGCCAUGGGUGAACCAGACACUUCCAAGUCUAACUAGAGUGGCAUUUUAAACAUCAAUACUCUCUAAAAUAAUCAUUUUGUUUGGGGUUUGGCUUGAUUCUCUUAUUUCUCUCUGAUUUAAGCAGUAGGUCCCUCCCAUGGAAACAAGAGCAUCACUAAGGUCAUGCCCUGCAGGAAAUUUGUGGUUAUCAAGCACCGUGCAAGGCACAGGAAGCAGCAACUGAGACAGACUUGUCUCCGGCCACUCAGAUUCUGCAAUCAGAAUCAGAGUUGGGCCCUGCUGAAUGACCAGUGGAAUUGUGUGUCUGGGGAAUUGAAGGUCCCCUAAUAAUGGGGCUCUUGCAUCUGAAGCUAGUUGGUACCAGCAUGUUAGUGUCCUAUUACUUAAUGAUUCUAAGCACCCCAAGUGUUAUUGCUUUAGUUGAAAGAAUAAGGAACCAGGAGUCAAGAGAUCCAUGACCCUGUUCUGCAGCUGCCAUUUGCUGAGUAACCAUGAUCUGACCUCUGUUUUCAUUGCCUCCAAUUUUCUGGUCUUUACCUACAACUAUUCUGUCUUGGCUGUGUUCAUCUGGGGAGGCAAAAUUAGGGAUUUCCCAUCUCUCAAAAGAACCCCAAAACAGUAAGCAAUCAAGGUGAGGGUUAGGGCAGGGGAGGCCUGCCUGUACCACAAACUUCUUGAUCUUGUCCAUCACCCUAACCGUGAGUGAAAUGAAGCAAUCUGCGUUGUUCUCCUCUUAGGCUCAACAGGUUGUUGUGAUCACGGGAGGGCUC